GGCGCUAUAGAAGGGGUAGGCGCGCAGAGAGGAGGAAAAGAAAGAGCGGAGAAAGCCGGAUGUAAACGCACUGGAAACCAUUCGGAGACGGAGAGAGAAACAAACGGGAGAAAACAGACAGUUGAUGGAAAUGUGUUCCAUCUGGUGACACUUCCAGCGGGGAAGGAAGUCGGGGGAAACUUUGGCUUUAUUGUUUUCUGGUCCUGCCGUCAGACCGAGGAGCGUUUUGCGGAGCCAAGAUGAACCAAACUGCAUCGGUGGCGCAUCAGAUCGACUCUCAGCCCCUAAGAGACAGCAAGGAGUUUGUGGAUGUCAGCCCCCCACAGAGGAACUGGAAGGGCAUCGCCAUCUCUCUCCUGGUUAUAGUGGUGGUCUGCUCGCUCAUCACUUUGUCCGUAGUCGUCCUCACACCCACUGAGCCUCCAGAAAGCAGCAAGUCCAAGCUCACCGUGGCGGAUCUCUUCAAACCCGAGUUCCAGAUUCACGACCCGGAAGCCAGGUGGAUCAGUGAUUCGGAGGUGGUGUACAGAAACAGGGACGGUGAUGUCAUCAGGUUCAACUUUGCCCUGAAUGAGACGGAGGCCAUCUUGAAGAACGCCACGUUUGUGUCUUUCAAGGUGGCAAAAUAUUCACUCUCUCCAGAUCUGAAGUUUGCACUCUUCGCAUACGACGUCAAACAGGUGUACAGACAUUCGUACACGGCGUCCUACAUUGUGUACAACAUCAACACGAGGGAGGUAUGGGAGCUGAACCCACCUGAGGUUCAAAACUCCGUUCUCCAGCAUGCGGCCUGGGGACGGCAGGGACGGCAGCUGAUCUACAUAUUUGAGAACAACAUCUACUAUCAGUCAGACGUGAAGAGCAGCUCUCUGAGAAUCACCUCCUCUGGGAUGGAGGGCGUCGUUUUCAACGGGAUAGCUGACUGGCUGUAUGAAGAGGAGAUCCUCCACUCACACCUGGCUCACUGGUGGUCGCCUGACGGAGAGCGGCUGGCCUUCCUGAGGAUCGACAACAGCCUGGUGCCCAACAUGGCUCUGCCGCAGUUCACUGGCAGCGCUUAUCCCCGAGGCAUCCAGUACCCCUACCCAAUGGCCGGUCAGAGGAACCCAACUGUCAAGCUGUUUGUUGUCAACCUGUUUGGCAUCACGAGCACUCAGGAGCUCCAUCCCCCAGAUCAGCUCAGACUCAGAGAGUUCUACAUUACCAUGGUGAAGUGGAUAAACCACACACGCCUUGCUGUGCGGUGGGUCAACCGUCCCCAGAACGCCUCGCUUCUGACGGUCUGUGACGCAACAACUGGAGUCUGCCACCAGAGACACGAAGAGUCCUCAGACACAUGGCUCACCAGGCAGAGUCAGGAGCCGCUGUUCUCGGAGGACCUGAGCAGGAUUUUCCUCACGAUGCCCGUCAGACACGGAGGGCACAGAGACUUCCACCACGUCGCCAUGUUCUCUAAAAAGUCGAGAAGCGACCCGGUUGAAGUUCGCCACUUAACAUCUGGAAACUGGGAGGUGAUCAGGAUCGUUGCUUACGAUGAAAGCAAAAACAUCAUAUACUUUCUGAGCUCUGAGAAGGCGCCACAACAGAGACAUUUAUACAGUUUGUCGAUCAACGGCUCAUUUUCAAAGGAGUGCCUCACCUGCGACAUGAAGGAAGACUGCCUGUUCUUCGACGCCGACGUCAGUCCAAACGCGCAGAACGCCAUCCUGCACUGUCAAGGUCCUGGUAUUCCAGCUGUGCUGCUUCUCAGUUUCAGCAACAUGGACUCAUACUUCAUCCUGGAGAGCAACGUUCCUCUACGGUCUGCGCUGGACGCCAGGAGGACGUCUAGGACGGAUUUCCUGAAUGUCACGCAGGACAACUUUGAGCUGCCUCUGAAGCUCAUUUAUCCUCCUGACUUCUCAGACUCCUACCUCUACGGCCUUCUCCUCGUCAUAGGCAGCGCUCCAGGCGAACAGGCGGCGACGGAGAAAUUCGGCUUGAAUUGGGACCUGGUGCUUGCCGUAUCGGAGCAGGUCAUAGUGGCUCAGCUGGACGGCAGAGGACCUGGGUUCAGAGGUCAAAGGUUGCCUGAGCAGGUUUACCACAGACUCAGGACGGUGGACGUCGACGACCAGAUCGCGGCUCUGGAAUUCCUGGUGAAGCUGCCAUUUGUUGAUCAGACUCGGAUUGGAGUUUAUGGACAGGCUUAUGGGGGUUACAUCACUCUGAUGAUGCUGGAUUCAGGACGGUUGAUAAGAUGUGCAGCUGCUCAGGCUCCCAUCAUCGACUGGACCAUGUACGCCUCGGCCUUCUCGGAGAGAUACUUCGGCUUGCCUUCAACAGAGGAUAGCAGAUACCUUGCGUCCAAAGUGCUGCCCGGCAUGAAAGGCCUUGAGGGAGGAACUCUGUUUCUGGCCCACGGCACCGCUGACGCGAACGUUCACUUCCAACACUCGGCCGAGCUCAUUAAACAUUUAAUAAAGAUCGGAGCCAACUACACUAUGCAGAUCUACCCGGACGAAGGCCAUUUCCUGUCGACGCGCAGCCGGAUUCAGCUGACUCACGCUCUCAUCGGAUAUUUCAGGGGCUGCUUGCUUGACGCGUCGUUGUUGCUCGAACAGCGGGACGACGAGUGAAAGGAGCAUCAACGUCGGCGGAAGACCAAAUGUGUCUGUUCUAAGCCGGUAGCGCCAUGUUUGACGGACAAAAUCAGUUUCUGUGUGACAUAUCAGACACAUCCAAUACGCUCUCAGUCCAGCUGCUGUACAUUCAGUGUUGUUAGCCAGACUGUUGUCAUCAACCCGACUGGGAGUUUUAAGGCCGAAGUUCAACACAAACGCUGUCCCCGUCAAGCUGGUUCAUCAAUUUAGUGACAUUUUCCUGAUUUAUUUAGUUUAAAUAUUCAAUACCAAAGUAUUUUUUACAAUAGAAUAGACAGAAAUAAGUGUCUUCAGGUCCUUUUUCAAAGAAGAGGAACCAAAAGACUAAAAUUGGAAAGAAACGUUAAUUGACUGAUGUUCUGAAAGUACAAGAAUCAGGCCUUUUUCUCCUGAGGUCACUUCCUUAAAUUCCCUUGAGGGGGCGCUGUACACUUGAUUGAAGACAACUUCAGAAGCAGAGGAAGAGUAAGGUGACCAAAACGUUUUUCAAACGAAAACAGAAAUCUCUGUAAACUUUUGGAUUGCAUUGGCACUUCUUAUUAGCAUUUUGGAUUUUAUUAUUAUUAUUAUUAUUAUUUCUAAACAUAAGAGAUGUAUAAGUUUAGGAUUGUUUUGCAGUUUGCUUAUUUAUGGUCACAGAGUAGCUAUGCUGAGAUAGUAUUUGUAAGGUGGAACAUCAUUGGGUGUUUUGUUUUAGCGUCAAGUUCACUCAAAAUUCGUCAAACUUUGCUGAAUUUAAAUCCAUAAAACUGGCUGUUAUGAUUUUUUUUUUUAAACAUCCACAAAUUAAGACGCAAACAAAUUAAAACUAUAUAACGUUCAUAAAAAAAUAUGUUUUCACUGAAAUAGGACAAUACACUUUUGACUUCAAAAAUACAGGGGUUUUUUUUUAGCCCAAAGUGAAAUUAAAUAUUGUAACUCAUAUUUGCAGCUUUAAACAAUAAUUGUGAUUUGUCAGCCAAAAGCUCCUCUGACAGCAGGCAGUCUUGCAUCAAAUCUGGAGAAGCCACUGACUAAAGACUACUGCUGAAUGACAUGCCAUUUCUAGAAUAAGUUUUCUAUGAUCACUUAUGCUAAACCAUUGACAUUCCAAUCCAUCCAUCCAUUUUCUAACACCCUUGUCCCGAGUGGGGUUAGAAGAGGUGCUGGUGCAGAGACAGACAGGACAAACAACCUCGCAUGCACACACUCACACACAACUAGGGAGAAUUUAGAGAGACUUAAUUAACCUAAGAGUCAUGUUUUUGGACUGCGGGAGGAAGCCGGAGAACACGGAGAGAACCCACGCAUGCACAGGGAGAACAUGCAAACUCCGUGCAGAAAGACCCCCGGGAAUCAAACCCAGAACCUUCUUCCUGCAAGGCAACAGCGCGACCAACUGCGCCACUGUGCAGCCCCACUCCAAUGCAAUUGUUUACAAUUCCAAUUCCAUAUUUUCAAAUGUAUGUUUUAAAAAUCUACUGUCUGAAAAAGGAAACGCAGUUGUUUUGUGUACUUUUUAUUCCAAAUACAUGCAUUCCGAUUUCUUCAAAGUUCAAUCGAGCUUUAAAAUCAAGUUGCAAUCAGUCCAAUGUUCGUUUCUAUGACGCAAAGUUCCUUCUGAAAUUUAGGAACACAGCUCAAUAAUUAUUUUAAACCAGUAUGAUCAAUUUCAGGAAUGUUUGAGAACAGCUUCUGUCAUUUUUAUUGUUCUUAUUUAUCACAUUAUUUUUAUUAUUACAUUUUUGUGGGGCAACUCAGCCAGCUUGUACACAGCAUCAGCGCUAACUAAAUGUGUAAUCUUGGAGGUUAAUGUGUGUUUUCUUAACAGUCUUCUGGGUGUUUGUACAGAUUUAUUACUUCUAAGAGUAGAUAUUUAUUAAUGUCACACCAGUUUUGUGGUGUUUUCGUUUGAGUCCAGGUGACAAUCUUACAUAUUUUGCUGUAAAACUCAACAGUUUUUUAUUUUUUGUUUUGCUUUUUUACGGUUCGUGUAAGCUCUUGUUAUUUUCGAGUCCCCCGACGUCCCUUUAAUUACUCCAACGUCAAAACCCAAGGAGUGUUUUGCUUUUUGAACCUAAUUUCCUCUUCGUGCAGUGAAAAUUUCCAGCAGCGUUGGCUCACCUCCUCCAGGGCUUCGUGCUCUGCCUAGUUAAAGCGCAAGCCCACGACGCUCUGCAAUUAAAAGCACAGCGAGCGUCCACAGCAGCGGAGUGAACCGCUCUGUACGAUUGUGGUUAAGAGAGCAAGUCGCACAAUUACCGAGCGCCUCGCAGGAGAGCCACUAAUCACAGGAUGAGUGUCCUCGACGUCCGCUCGGCGUUCGGAGCUUCGUAGCAGCCGUGACUGGAGCGGAGGCGAGGGUUCUGACCAGUUACAUGUGGACACUCAAAUUUUUUAUUUUAUUCCCCCCCCCCAAUAUGAAAUGGCUGAUUCACACCUACAUAGACAAAUCUUGUUAAGUCUGGAAACUGCUGUGGGUUUUUAAUGAAUGAUAAGGUUGUUGUUUUUUUUUUUGUUUUUAUUAUUAUUAUUUUGUCUUGCUGUUUAUUAAAGAUUGACGAAAGUUUCA